AAAAGCAGGGGGAAACGUCUGUUGUUGACUUAUUUCGAGCUUUCGAUUCUCUUCACCAAUGGAAGAAGGAGCAGGUAGGUCCGUCAAGUGUGGAUCAUGGAUCCGUCGACCCGAAAAUGUCAAUUUGGUCGUGUUGGGACUGACCAUGACCCGACCCAGUUCUUCUUCUUCGGUUGCUGCUAUCGAGAUUUUCUCUUUCGAUCCCAAGAUCACUUCUCUCUCUUCAUCUCCAUUGGUUAGGCAUGAAUUUGAAGAGAGUGAUGGUGAUCCAAUAACCAUUGCAGUUCACCCAAGUGGAGAUGACUUCAUUUGCUCCACCUCUAAUGGCGGUUGCAAGUUGUUUGAGGUGUAUGGUCUGGAAACAAAAUUGAAGCUUCUUGUCAAACAAGUACCUCCUCUCCAAGAUGCUGGUCCACAGAAAUGCCUAGCAUUCAGUGUUGAUGGUUCUAAAUUUGCCACUGGUGGAGUGGAUGGGCAUCUUAGAAUCUUGGAAUGGCCAAGCCUGCGUAUUAUUGUAGAGGAAGUAAGAGCACAUGAAUCUUUUCGGGAUAUGGAUUUUAGCCUCGAUUCAGAAUUCUUAGCAUCAACAUCUACUGAAGGUUCAGCAAGAAUCUGGAAGGCAGAUGAUGGUAUUCCUUUAAUGACUUUAGCUCGAAACUCGGAUGAAAAGAUUGAAUUAUGUCGGUUUUCCCAGGAUGGGACAAAACCAUUUCUGUUUUGUUCUGUUCAAAAGGGUAAUAAAGCAGUUACUGCAGUUUACGACAUAAGCACAUGGAAUAAAAUCGGGCAUAAGAGGUUACUCAUAAAGCCGGCUUCUAUUAUGUCUGUAAGCCUCGAUGGAAAUUAUCUAGUGCUGGGAAGCACAGAUGGAGACAUUUGUGUGGUUGAAGUAAACAAAAUGGAGAUCAGCCAUUGGAGCAAGGGGCUACACCCGGGUGAACCAAUUGCAUCACUCGAGUUCUGUCCUAGUCAAAGGGUUGUGCUGACAACUUCCAGUCAAUCGGGAGCCAUGGUAACAAAAUUAAAUGUUCCUGCAGAUUGGAAAGAGUGGCAGAUUUACUUGAUGCUUCUUGGACUGUUUUUGGCAUCGGCAGUUGUUUUUUAUAUAUUCUUCCAGAAAUCGGAUUCAUUUUGGAACUUCCCUCUCGCAAGAGAACAUCAAGCAAGACCGAAGCUCGAUUCAUUUUUAAGGGAUGCUCAGUCAGAUGAUGUGUUCGGACCUUUAGAUAUGUGAGUAUUUUAUCCGAUCUAAUUGAUACCGGAAGUAGUAUCAAAACUACAGAUGAUUGUGUUUGCAGUUUUUCUGUGCAUUAGCCAUUCUCUGUGUUGUAUGAGUGAGUCCAGAUGCUUAAAUUCCAUGGAAAAGAAACUAUAAAUAACAUGCCUUUACGAAAUAUACGUUGAAGAUUUA